GUAACUCUUUUCCAACUUCUUGGGGAUGGGUUAUAUUCCAAAACAAAAUUGAAACCUUCUCUGUACACAGUGAAGUGCUUGAUCUAUUGUUACAACCCAAUUUUCUCCUUUAAUCUCUUCUCUAACAUCAUCUCUUCAUUCUUUUCUCCAAUUUCCCCUAAAUCUCAAACCCUAAUAUUUUCUUCAUCAUUUUGUUCUUAAAUUCACCACAAAAAUCCAUCACUCAUCAAUGUCGCAACUAACUUUUUUUUAUUUUAAUUCGCCUUUGCUUUUGUCUUUUGAAAUACAAAAGCAACAGAGAAAAGAAUCUGAGAGACUAAUGUACGAAGUAUGUGGUUGGUGCUGGAGCACAGGAAAAGGCAGUGCCAAGCAAAAGGGAAGAAAGAGAAUUAUUACAACAGGGUUUUUUCUUUGUUACGUGGUGCGCUGUGAAUGUUGCCAAGUCAUUUGAGUACCUUGAUAAUUGGCAAGAGGAGUCUCUAAUUCAGGUUCUUGAAGAUCAAGACGCAUAUUCUUCGUAAGUGUCAGAAUGGUUAUAUUAUUCCAGACCACAGAUUUUCUGAGGCACGCGCCUACGACGUCUGCACGGCCGCUAUUCGGUAUAACUGGCAGGGUUUGCCUGAAAUCUGCUCCCAUAACAACCGUAAUACCUCCAAAAGUUCUACCCCCUACCAAAAGCAACGAAGCAAUACCCAAUGAUGCAACGGUGAGCACUGCAUCUCCCUUGAAUCGACAACUUGCAGCUAUUGUGUUGUAUAGAAAUGUUUUCCCUGUCCCUGCGCUGCCGUUUAGAAAAAAGGAAAAUGUUUUAGCUUCUUUCCGGAUACGUGCAGUAGUUUGUCCAACAGGGGGCCUCUGGAUUCCUAUCACCGCAUGGACCGUGCACCAUACACUUUCUUAUUGUAUUAAAGAGGAGUGGAUCUUUCUUCUCAUUUGGAAAUUCUGCCGAAACAAAUUUGUUCACUUGCUCAACUGUACGAUGACGGAUACUUCUUCCGCAGUUGGCAGAUUAUAUCGCCUCUUAUCAGAAUUCUCAUUAAAAUAUAGGGAGACCUGCACAGGCUUUUGAGAUGACACCUCAUUAUCUCUUAAGAUAUCAUGUUCUUGCCGAUGAAAAUGUUGUGCUCCAAUAGUGUAUCCUGGAUAAUUUUAAGAACUUCUCUACUUAGAUUUGGAUUUCUUUUUUCCCGUAUAGCCAAUGCAUGAGAUGAUUCAUAUAUGUAUAGUUGCGAGUAAAUUGCAUCCUCUCCUUCUUUAGGUGUCAAAGAUCCACUAUUAUGUCGUAAUUCACCAUGUAUUGAAAAACAUGGAGGUCCUCCUCCUUUUGAUACCCUUGUGUUGUAUUUGCAUCCAAGACUUGUAAAUGCAUUAACAUCAUUUAAACUUCUAAUAUUUUCCCUAAACGUCUUUGAUUUAUCAUCAUCACCUUCAAAUAAUUCUCUUAAUGAAUCAGGAGGUGUACGUAGUGCUGGCAGAUUAACUUUUCCUUUAUGACAACAUUUACCAAAUUUAGGGUUCUUAAAAGAUGAUUCGGUUAAUUUCUCGUCAAUUCAAUGCAGAGCACCACAAAAUGAGCAGGGAGCGUCCAUCUUUCCGAGAUAAUUUCUUCCGGCCUCAUUAAAAUUAAUAGCAGAUUUUCCACUGUUCUAAUCUCAGAUUUUCCACUGGUUGGGACACGAAGGAGGAAAUCAUAUUCAACAACAUCUGUAAGUUUCAUUCAGAAACUGAAAAUAUAAGUAUCUUAUGUAUUCCUCACCUGUAAUUUUAUUGGCUCCCCCUUUCUUUUUUGUAAUUGAUGUUGAAUUUUUAAUUGUUGUUGAGUUUCCAUUGACUGCCGUUGUAUUUUUUCUUGUUUCUCUCUUUCACGACGUUUUUUUUUGUGCCAAGGAUGCAGCCUGUUGUAAUAUAAAUUUAAUUAAUCUCUUAAUAUUCUAAAUCAAUGUUAGUGUAGACAUUAAUCGGAAGUUUACUCUUGAUGGCUCCUUU